CAAAACUGUGAGUGGCUGGGUUAUGUGAUGUCUUUGGCAUCAGGGUCGGCUUUACCCGAGCUCCGAGAGUGGGCUCAGCCAUGCACCCAGGCCUCCGGGACAGCUGCUGCUUCUGGGUGUGGGGGCUCUUUUUGUGGUUCAGCGUUGGAAGUGCAGGAGACACACCUCCUACCGAACAGCCAAAGUGCACUGACUUCCAGAAUGCCAACCCCUUCCGAGGCACCAAUCUCAAAGUCCAGUUCCUCCUCUUCACCCCUUCAGAUCCUCGCUGUGGGAACCUAGUUGAAGAAAGUAGUGACCUUCAAAACUCUGGAUUCAAUGUCACUCUGGGAACCAAACUAAUAAUCCAUGGAUUCAGGGCUUUAGGAACAAAGCCUUCCUGGAUUGAGAAGCUCAUCGGGGCCCUUCUGAGGGCAGCAGAUGCUAAUGUGAUUGCCGUGGAUUGGGUGUACGGCUCCACAGGUGCCUACUUCUCGGCCGUGGAAAAUGUGGUUAAGCUGGGACUCAAGAUCUCCAGUUUCCUCAGUAAACUCCUGGUGCUGGGUGUGUCGGAGUCCUCCAUCCACAUCAUUGGUGUGAGCCUGGGGGCCCACGUUGGGGGCAUGGUGGGACAUUUCUACAAAGGCCAGUUGGGAUGGAUCACAGGCCUGGACCCUGCUGGACCAGAGUAUACCAGAGCCAGUCUGGAGGAGCGCCUGGAUGCUGGAGAUGCCCUCUUCGUGGAAGCCAUCCACACAGACACCGACAACUUGGGUAUUCGGAUUCCUGUUGGACAUGUGGACUACUUUGUCAACGGAGGCCAAGACCAACCUGGGUGUCCCACCUUCAUUCAUGCAGGCUAUAGUUAUCUGAUCUGUGAUCAUAUGAGGGCUGUGGACCUCUACAUCAGCGCCCUGGAGAAUCUCUGUCCUCUGAUGGCCUUUCCCUGUGGUAGCUACAAGGCCUUCCUUGCUGGACACUGUCUGGAUUGUUUUAAUCCUUUUCUGCUUUCCUGUCCAAGGAUCGGGCUGGUGGAACAAGGUGGUGUCAAGAUAGAGCCACUUCCCAAGGAAGUGAAAGUCUACCUCCUGACCACUUCCAGGGCUCCGUACUGUGCACAUCACACCCUUGUGGAGUUUAACUUGCAGGAGCCAAGAAACAAGGACACCCAUAUCGUGGUCACCUUCUUUAGCAGCAAUGCCACCUCCUCAGGCAAGAUCACCAUACCGAAACAGAAACUUCAGGGGAGAGGAGUCCUAGCUCACCCCACUCCUCAGUGCCAGAUACACCAAGUGAAUCUCAAGCUUCAGGCUUCUCGCCAGUUUUGGAGCAAGGACCGGACUAUCAUUGUUGGGAAAUUCUGCACUGCUCCUUUGCCUGUCAAUGACAAUAAAAUGACGGUCUGCGUACCUGAGCCAGUGAACUUACAAGCAAGUGUGACUGUUUCUCGUGACCUUAAAAUGACGUGUGUAUAGUAAAAGCCUGGACAGGACAUAUCCUUGGAUUGUAGGGACGGGGGCGGGGAGGGAGGGGUUUCAACUUAUUCUAGGCCACUACUACUAAGAAUGAAGGCAAGACUCGUGGUUAUUUCCCCCAUAAUUUACUACCUUAGAAGGGAAAGAUGGCUCAGUUUAUAGAGCUAUCUUUAUUUGCAUGCCAAUUUAAAGAGCCUUAUAUAGAUAUCAUUUCAGCUUUCUUACUCGUACUUAAGAGCAAUUACCCCAUGUCCUUGUGCUCUGUACAAUAGAAACAUAUAUAGGAAAAAUGCUUUUCUAAAAAAUAAAACUCCAUGGAAUAUCUGAAUUAUUUAUUAUUUUAUU